AUGAAAGGCGAGAAGGCAAAGAUGGCCACCAGCAGAAGCGCUGUCAGGCGCAUUGACAUGGUCGGGCUGACCGAUAUUUUCAGCAUCCAGCGCAUAACGGAAGUCUGCGCUCAGCAGGUGGUGGCUCGCGAGCUGGUGGAGCUGGGGUACCGGGACGUGGUGCCGUCCAAGGCGGGAGUGGAGUUCAGAGGUCGCCGGGUGUCGGACGGCUACGCGGCCAACUUGUGGCUCCGCAGUGCCAUCCGAGUGCUGGUGCUGUUGGCGGAGGGGCAGCUGGGGACCGACCCACGGGGCGGUGUGCGUGGCGGCCAGGCGUUGUAUGACAUGGUGUACGACGCGGCGCCGUGGCACGAGAUCGUACCCCCGGGUUGCACCUUCAGUGUGGAGCCGCGGCUCUGGAGCUGCACCGACAUCUUUUCCACUCGCUUGGUUUGGUCACGUGUCAAGGACGCUGUUUGCGACAACAUCCGGCGCUACGGACGUGAGAAGCCCCUGCCGCCUGCCAGAGGUCAAGUGGCGGAUGUGCCCGUGUACGUGUCAUGCUACCGAGACCACGUGCGUGUGUUUCGUGACAUGAGCGGCACGUCAUUGCACAGACGAGGCUAUCGGGACGUGAUGCACCGAGCGGCCCUCAACGAGGCGGCUGCGGCGGGUGUGCUGACGUUGAGUGGCUGGAAGGAGGCAGUGGAUGAUGCGGGGGGGAACGGGGAAGGCCUCAUCUUGGCUGACCCGAUGUGCGGCUCCGGAACCAUCCUGAUAGAGGCAGCUCUCAUGGCCCGGGACAUAGCACCGGGGUUCAUGCGGUCGCUGCUGCUGGAUGAUGCGCCGCCAACGCCAUCAGCAGCUGCGGUUGGAGUCGGCCUUGGAGGCGGUGGUCCUGGCCGGGGUGUCGGCCGGCGGCACGCGGCAUUGGCGCCUGCAGCGUGGCCUUUCCAGCGCUGGGGCGACUACGACUCGAGAGUGUGGAGUGAGGCGGUGGAGACGGCCCGGGAUCGAGUUCGACCUCCCUGGAGGGGUCGCCUGCUUGGGGUGGAUGUACACGAGGGCGCCCUGAGCCUCGCUGUACGGCAGGCGAAAAAGGCCGGCGUAUACAACAUGUUGGAGCUCACCCACGGCGAUUGCGGAACUGUCGUACCGGCAGCCACACCCCAUCUGGAGGCCUUCCUUGCCGCCGCUUGGCGGAGUCUGGACGGCUUCUUAUACCGGCAGUGUCCAGGCGCUUCUGCCACAGUGCUAUCCGGCAAUGCCUCGACGUACCGCUACUUGAAGCUCAGGCCCCAGUCCAAGAACCGACUGGUACUCAGCGGCGUGGAGGUGCAGGUCGCAAGUUACAAGAUCAGAGACAGCGCCAGCCGCAACGUCCCGUCAUCGUCGGCUGCCGAGCUGUCCACCACCGUCGCCACCGCCGAAGACGCGCGCCCUUCA